AGGCUGCUGGUGUUUCCCACCGGCGGCCUUUUUGGGCAGGACCAGGAAGCGGCGGCGGGUGAGGAGCGCGCUGUGGGGCGCGAGGGCUGCAGUUCCCCCUGUGAAAUGAUUCGGGGGCCGAAGCCGUUCUGUCCUCCCGCGUGGCUUCUGAGCACAAAUGUUUGUGACCAGAAGUAAUUGAGCGUCUUCAUGGCGAAAGAAAAAAGCAAAUCUUCAAAUUCUCCAACAGGCUGUGGCACAGGCAAGCCUGAGAAUCAUGCAAACCAACUUAGGAAGAAGAAGAAAAGAUUCUUUUGGAAACAAAAAAUCAAGCUGGCAGAGAAGAAAACGGAGAAAAGUACCAGUGGGGUAACAUGGCUGCCACCCAAAACUCCCCAGGAAGUUUCGUUUAACUGGAGGACCUUGCAAGAGCUUCUGAAGCAAAAGGCUGCCAAUUUGGAUUCUGCUGUUACCAGAGUUGACAUGAGCUCCAAGAAGAAACAUGCAACCGAAGCAGAAGGCGCUGUCUCCAAGCCAGCAGACUUAAAUGGAGCUUCGAACAGGCAAAAAGGCAAACCUUGGAAUAAUGCCCAGCAGGAUCACCCUGAAACCCUUGUCCCCCCAGCUCUCCCCACGUGGAAAAGAUCUGCUCACAAAAGUACCUUGAGCCAAGCCCAGGAAACCAAGAAAGAGCACAAGGCAGGGGAAAGAAGCGGCCACAUGGAGAGGACCGACAGGGACAUUAAACAUAAAAGGAGGAAACCUGAAGAGCCAGGAGACAUCUGGUUUGACGAUGUGGAUCCGGACGAUAUUGAAGCUGCCUUGGGGCCAGAAGCAGCAAACGUCGCCCGGAAACAGCUGGGGAUUGAAGAGAAGCCACAGCAGCCAGCAGAGCAGACUUUGGUGAAGGAGAAGGCAUUUGAAGGCUUGACCAGAGCUGUGGCCAUGGACUGUGAGAUGGUGGGUGUUGGGCCAAAGGGUGAAGACAGCGUUGUGGCCCGUGUGUCCCUCGUGAACCAGUUUGGCAAGUGUGUUUAUGACAAGUACGUCAAGGCCACGGAAAAAGUGACAGACUACAGAACAGCUGUGAGUGGGAUUCGGCCCAAGAAUUUAAAAACAGGGGAAGACUUUAAUGUUGUUCAGAAGGAGGUGGCUGACAUCCUAAGAGGAAGGAUUCUAGUGGGACAUGCUCUUCAAAAUGAUUUAAAGGUUCUGUUUCUUGACCACCCUAAAAAGAGAAUCCGGGACACGCAAAGAUACAAGCCUUUCAGACAGCAGGUCAAGAGUGGGAGACCAUCUCUAAAACUGCUUUGUGAGAAACUGCUGAAUGUGAAUGUUCAGCGUUCGGAGCACAGCUCGACCCAGGAUGCCCAGGCAGCAAUGAAGCUCUACAUGAUGGAAAAGAAGCAGUGGGAAGCAUCACUCAAAACACCCGAGUCCAAGGCUGAGAUGAAAUGAAUCUGUGGAUCUUCCUGUCCUGAUCUGACCUGAGACCGCUGAAACUCCAGCAUAACUUUUUUUCCUCUGGCUGCUUAUCUUUGUGCUGAAUCUGUCACCAUACAGGAAUCAAUUUUAAAUCAUUUGAGUUUACUAAA